AUGGCUCCACGGAUGCUGUUCAACAACCCCUUCGCGCAAUCCACUUUGGAGGACUUUCUCGUCGCGCCAACCUCGCAGGAUCUCGAGAAAAAUCCUCAUGCCUUGAUCAACCGUGCCUCGAGUUCGGAGUCAUCUUCAACCUUGUCCAAGCCGCCUGCCAUAGAGAUGAUCGAGAGCUUUAGGGCCGAGUUCGACGAGAAGCUCGCAAAUGGAGAACAGGUCACCGCUUAUGAUAAAAAGUCCAAAAUCAUGAACAAGGCCAUCCAGGAUAUCGGCAUGGGAAGAUAUCAGUAUAUGCUUUUCGGACUGUGCGGCUUCGGCUGGUUCGCGGAUAACCUCUGGAUACAAGCCGUCGCUCUCACACUCCCUGGUCUCGGCGCAGAGUUCGGCAUCGACGAGAACCUCAUCCGCUACACGACUCUGAGUCUCUUCAUCGGGCUCUGCAUCGGAGCAUCCUUCUGGGGCGUCGUGUCCGAUAUCGUGGGUCGACGUCUAGCUUUCAACAUGACUCUCCUCCUUGCCGGUGUCUUUGGGGUUGCAGCUGGAAGCCCUACGACCUGGGUCGGCGUAUGUGCUCUAUAUGCCUGUAUAGGUCUUGGCAUCGGCGGCAAUCUACCAAUCGACGGCGCUUUCCUGUUGGAGUUCUUACCGGGCUCACAUAAGAAUCUUCUGACGCUGCUUUCUGUCUGGUGGCCACUUGGUCAGCUUGUCGCCUCCCUUGCCGCCUGGGGCUUCUUUGCGAACUUUGGGACUCAACAGGGCUGGAGAUACUUCAUCUACGCCAUGGGUGGGUURACGAUGGUCAUGUUCAUCGGUCGAUUGGUGUUCAUUCACCUCCUUGAAUCGCCCAAAUUCCUUCUUUCUCGCGGARGGCAGAGGGAGGCUGUGACUGUGAUCCAUGGCAUUGCAUACUUCAACAACAAGACAUCCUGGUUGACCGAAGACAUCCUCAACGCCGUCGGGGGCCGUCCAGAAGAGUUGGUAGACGAUAAACCGACCGCAAUGCAAAUUGCCAAGCGAAACCUCAGCAAGUUCAGCGGCCAACGCAUCAAACCUCUCUUCCAGAAUCGGAAAACCGCAAUCAACACCUGCCUCAUCUGGUUCAUCUGGGCAUCAAUCGGAAUGGGCUACCCACUCUUCAACGCCUUCCUCCCACAAUACCUCUCCCAAAACACCUCCUCCGGCAAAGAAAACCCCCACGCCUACCGAGACUACGCCAUAACCUCAGCAAUCGGAGUCCCAGGUUCAAUCAUAGCCUGCUACGCCGUAGGAAUCAAAAGUUUCGGUCGCAAAGGCACAAUGGCCGUCUCCGCAGCUCUGAGCGGCCUCUUCGUAAUCCUCUUCACAAUCGUCAAGGGCUCGGCUUCGCAACUCGUCAUGACAUGUCUGGAAGCUUUCUGCCAGAAUAUCAUGUAUGGUGUCUUGUAUGCAUAUACCCCCGAAGUCUUCCCGGCUCCGAAUAGGGGUACUGCGACGGGUAUCUCGAGUUUUUUGAAUCGUUUCACGGGACUUUGUGCGCCUAUUGUGGCUGUUCAGGCUGGAGGCGUUAAUCCCAAAGCGCCGAUUUAUGCUAGUGCUGGGAUGUUUUUUGCGGCGUUUGUGGCUAUGGUUGCUCUUCCUAUUGAGACUAAUGAUAAGGAAAGUCUUUGA